AUGAACCUCUCUCCGUUGGACAUUGCCGCACUCAGCGUAGCGGCUUACAUCGUUGGGCACCUCGUCACACGCUCCUUCCGCCGCGCAGUCGACCUCUCCGGACCACCACGCGACAGCUUCCUAUUGGGGUCGCGCAAGGCUCUCAACGACGCUCCUGACGCAGCCGUGCUGUUUGAGCAAUGGGCCCGCGAGUAUGGUCCUGCGUAUCGCGUGUCGAUGCCGCUAGGCGCAGAUGCGGUGGUGCUGAUGGACCCGAAGGCGCUUGCGCACUUCUUCUCCAAGGAGACGGUCACGUACGUUGCGACGCCGCUCGGGAAGUUCUUCACGGAGAACCUGAUUGGCAAGGGGAGUUUGUUGGUUGCUAGUGGCGACGUUCAUAAGAGACAACGAAAACUCCUCACACCCGGAUUCAGCACUGCUGCAAUCCGAAAGCUCACAGAGGUGUUUUACGAUUCUGCUUACAAGGCGAAAACGGCUUGGGACAACCUCAUCGAAUCAAAUCCCGAUGGAUCCAUUAUCGAGGUGCAGCAAUGGAUGAAUAAUAUCUCACUCGACACCGUAGGCAUUGCAGGCUUCUCGCACGACUUUGGCACCCUCCAAGGUCAACAAGCUGAUGUCGCGGACGUCUUCCACUCGCUUGGUCAUGCACCAGCGAAGCCUUCGCUCAUGAGGAUGCUAAUAUUCAACCUCGCACCGCAUAUUCCGUGGCUGUUCAAGAUUCCCAGCAAGCGGAGCUCAAUUUUGACCAAGUUGAAUGAGAGUAUGGGCCAGAUAUCGGAGAUGUUGCUAAGUAGGACGAGGGAGCAGAAGGCGGAAGGAGAGGAGGAUAAGAGUGUCAUCGGGCUUUUGAUCAAGGCUGAGAACUCGGACUCAAGCUUGUAUAUGUCUCAGGAGGAGGUCAUGGCCCAGAUGAAGCUCCUGAUCAUUGCCGGCUAUGAGACAACCUCAAUCAGUAUGACUUGGGCGCUUAUCGAGCUCGCACAACGCCCCGAUAUCCAGACCAAGCUGCGGGACGAGCUCUCUGCCUUUGGCUCCGAUCCAACGUACGACCAGUUCACGAGCGGACUUCUGUACCUUGACGCAGUCGUAAACGAGAUACUGCGCCUGCACCCGCCGCUUUCGGAGCUCUCACGACAGGCUGCAGAGGCAGACAUAAUCCCUCUCUCCACCCCGACACGCACAGCCUCGGGCGGGCUGACCAGCUUUGUCGGCGUGCAUAAGGGCACACGAAUGUUAAUUCCCAUCCGCGCGAUCAACAGGCUCACGUCCCUCUGGGGACCCGACGCGGCUGAGUUCCGGCCGUCAAGGUGGCUUUCGUCCUCUAUUCCUGGAGAAGGUAAAGAGGGCGGGAUACCAGAGUCGGCAAGGGCAGUGCAGGGAUAUAAGAACAUGCUGACAUUUAGCGAUGGGCCGAAGACGUGCUUGGGUAGGACGUUUGCUGUGACUGAGUUCAAAACCGUCCUCUCGGUGCUCAUCCGCAAUUUCACGUUCGAGCUGCGUGAUGGACCGAAGUCGAAUCUCAAGUUCGAGACCACGCCUGGGCUGCUGCCCCGUCCGAAGUUGGAGGGCGAGAGUGGGACGACCGUUCCUUUGCGCGUGCGGAGGGCUGACUGA